CUAUGGCCCCCAACUUGGACUCCAUAUCAAUGUUCUUUCAGCAUUAUUUUAGCUUAAUCUACUUGACCUCUAUAUAACAUCACCAUCUCCUAGGGCCUUCCCUAUAACCUGCCGACUGACCUACCCUAUGUUUUCUCCAAACAUUCCUUGCUUUAUAGAUGGAGAAUUCGGUGACCUCUAGGAAUAAGGCUCUCUCUUCUUCUAAUAAUGAAAAAACAACAGAGGAUUCUCCUGAAGAGAGCAGCUGGACUUUCUAUUUGCAGGACUUCCAAUGUGAUCAUCAUGACCAUGAUAACACUGGUUCUGUCUCUUAUAAUAGCUGUGAAAGUUGCCCAUCUCUUGUUUCUGAUGCAUUUUCUUCAGCAGCCAGAAAAGCUCCUGAUGACAUUGAGGCUGCAGUCUUUGCUUCAGCCAGAAGUAAUUGCAAGAACUUAAGUUUCAAGAGGCGCAAAGCUAAAGCAAGUGCAGUACUCAAUGAUCAUGACUUGGAAGAUACUGCUAGUUCGCCCGUCAAUAGUCCUAAGGUUUCUUCGAUCAAUCAGUUGAAUUACACUCACAAUGAGAAGGAUAACAUAAAUGUUUCAGAGGCAAAUGUUUGCAGAAAGAAUAGUACUGCUGAAGCUGCUGGUAGCGCUGCUCAUGAGGAAAAGAAUAAUCAAUCAGAACUGAAGAAAAGGGGACUAUGCUUAGCACCGGUAUCUACGUUGACGAAUUACUUCGGUUAGGUUUUCUAUUAACUAUUUUGAGGCAGCUGUACGAGCAUAUUUUCUUUUUGGUUCAUGCAUGAUAAGAGUUCUUGUAAAAGGGAACUGAUGUUGAUUUUAAUGAUGAUAUGUUAAGAGUUGAUCAUGUUCUUGGGCCGUGCCAA